AUGGCGGCGGGGGCGCCGCCGCAGGGGGCGCCGACGGUGGAGGAGCAGGAGGAGGCGGCGGGGGUGGGGAUCCUGCUGCAGAUAUCGAUGCUGGUGCUGGCGUUUGUGCUCAGCCACCUCCUCCGCCGCCGCAGGGUCUACUACCUCCCCGAGGCCAGCGCGUCGCUCCUCAUCGGGUUGAUCGUGGGAGGUCUUGCUAGCGUAUCUAACGCCCAGAAAAGUACAAGGAGAUGGUUCAAUUUCCGGGAGGAGCUCUUCUUUCUGUUCUUGCUGCCUCCUAUCAUAUUCCAGUCUGGCUUCAGCUUAGCACCAAAACCAUUCUUCUCAAACUUUGGUGCUAUUAUUACUUUUGCAAUCGUUGGAACCUUAAUUGCCUCCAUUGUCACCGGUGUUUUAGUCUAUCUUGCUGGGUUAAUACAUCUUGUCUAUAGGAUGCCUCUGGUUGAGUGUAUGAUGUUUGGUGCCCUUGUGUCAGCAACUGAUCCUGUAACUGUGCUGUCGAUAUUUCAGGAACUUGGCACGGACGUGAACCUCUAUGCGCUGGUUUUCGGUGAAUCUGUGCUAAAUGAUGCUAUGGCAAUCUCCUUGUACAGGACUAUGGCAUCUCUGAGGACGAAUGCUUCUAGCCAAAACAUUUUCGUAGUUAUCUUAAGGUUUCUCGAGAACUUCUUUGGGUCAAUGUCAACAGGUGUUGGAGCUGGAUUUAUUUCUGCUCUCCUCUUCAAGUAUUCAACACUCGGUGUUGAGAACCUUUAUAACCUCGAGAGCUGCUUGUUUGUACUUUUCCCAUACUUCUCGUACAUGCUAGCUGAAGGCUUCGGUCUGUCUGGCAUAGUCUCAAUACUCUUUACUGGAAUCGUGAUGAAGAGAUACACAUUCUCGAACUUGUCAGAAGACUCCCAGCGUUUCACUGCUGCACUUUUCCAUCUGCUUUCAUCAUUAGCAGAAACUUUUGUAUUCAUAUAUAUGGGAUUUGAUAUUGCGAUGGAGCGUCAAAGCUGGUCACACAUUGGGUUCAUAUUUUUCUCAGUUAUCUUCAUAUUAGUUGCAAGGGCUGCAAAUGUUUUCUCGUGUGCUUUCUUGGUAAAUAUGGUACGGCCACCUCAGCGGCAAAUAUCCAGGCAAUAUCAACAGGCACUUUGGUAUAGUGGUCUUAGAGGGGCUAUGGCUUUUGCCCUUGCUCUUCAAUCUGUUCAUGAUCUUCCUGAUGGCCAUGGACAGACAAUUUUGAGUGCCACCAUAUCUAUUGUUGUUCUAACAGUACUUCUGAUUGGAGGCUCAACAAGCACAAUGCUUGAAGCUCUACAUGUUGUGGGAGAUGGUAAUGAUGGUCGUCGCCCUUCACUUGAGGACCAGGAGAACUAUGAGGGGAACAAUAAUGCGGGCAACAUAGAACUGGGCAAUGAAGAGGGGACUUCUACCACAAGCAAAUUCAAACUGAAACUCCAAGAAAUCCAGAAAAACACGCCCUCCUUGGCCGCAUUGGACAGAAACUACCUCACUCCAUUUUUCACAUCUCAAAAUGGCGAUAGCGAUGACGACGAACAUGGUCCUAACGGAGCGCCGCGGAGAUCUAACGAGCUGCAAGACCUGGAGAGCCAUGGAUUACCGGCUCGAGAGACGGGCUGAAGAGCUCCAUUUGAACGGUGUCGCGCAGUCGCUUCCGUGUCACCAUUAGGCCAAGGCAGCAUCUGACACUCCAACUAACAAACACAGAGGAAAGACAUAGCAGCAUCUCAUGGGCCGUCGACAAUGAUAGCUUGCUCCACAUGUAAGUAGAUGAUAGGACCUGCACGUUUAAGGUACCAGGUUAGCAACGCUAGCAGAUGUUCUGUGAAGAGAAUGGAAGAUCCUGUACUGUGCUGUGCUCUUUUUCUUUACAGUUGGAUGUUGAAUCGAACUGGUCCCAGUUCCCAGUGGAGGGAAGGACUGAUUCUAUCACCCCACCAAGCAAGGCAUCCAUGUGUCUUUUCCCUUUUCCUCUUUUUAUUUGCCGCAUGUUCCGAGCCCA